AUGGCUCUCCCCACACGUCUUGUCCCUUCUCCACCUUCUGAGACCACCCGCUACGAGCCGGCUCUGCAGAGAGUAGUCCCGGAUUUCGUCAAGAUCACGCCCGGGCUGUUUUCCUUCGUGACAGAGGCGGAACCUCCCUACCUUCCAGAGGGAUGGACAAUGCAUGUUCAAGCAGAGGGCAAGCCGUAUUACGCCUGCGAAACAUCUCCGAGGGUGGUCACGGAGGACGAUGUGGCUCACCCCGACAUCCGCGGGAAAGUCCUCCGCGCCAUUGACGCGGUCCGGGAGGAGAUGGCUAUCCAGAAUGUCUCUCUUCCCGACUCGGCGGAGCUCUGCCUCCGGAUCAAGCCUGACGCGCCUGAAGACGAUGACUUCCGCGCUCAGGAAGUGUGCGAGUACUACUUCGCCGAUCACGCCGCGCACGUCGUUUGGUGGCUGCACGAAGUCGACAGCGAAACUGUUCUGUUUGACAUGGGGAUCGUGUCCGAGUCCCACCUUCGGAUGGGACUUGAGAGCCAAUACUGGAGCCACAUCGAACAGUUCAGUGCCCACAGAAUCGAGAGGCUGCACCUGGCAAUCGACGAGCUCAUCGCGGUCUUUGUGCACGGCGAAGCAGAUCAGCGCACUUCAAUGACCUCUUGCUUCCCCUACACUUCCGACCAGUGCAAGCACUUCAUCCGUAUCCUGGGCAACGCCAACACCUUCCCCCAGCAAACCACCGGCCUCACGGUCAUCGCUCGGAUGUGGUGCAACAUCGCCACCCACAGAUUCCAAACGAUGUACGGACAGUGCUCUGCACGCCUCGAUCGUCACCAACGCAUCCUCGAAGACUCCCCGAAUCCGCAACGAGGCAUGCUAUUUGGCGCUGCCUCCCGCCUGCUGUUCAACAUUCCCGCUCAAUACGCCGCGAAGUUUGAUCAUAUGUACACAGACGGGAUCAUCUACGGCUACGUCUUCCGCGACUUCCUCUGCGAAACUGCCAACGUCCUCUUCACCAUUAGCCCGCGCGCCUCGCCCGAGCUCGCCGCCGCAUCUCUCCUCUGCUGUGCUCUCGCCAUCGCGACCGCCCUCGCGCUCAUGUCCCGCCACACCAACCGGCGCACCUAUACUGCGGGCCAGGCUCAACCCAUCUGCGCGACGAGCUCGCAAGAGGACAACGCCCGCCUCGCCAUCGCGUGGGCGUUCCCUCGCGCCGCCUUCCUCUGGGCCGCUGCGCUCGCGACCCUGCAGGCGCCCUUGUUCGUCGCGCGCGCGUUCGGACUCGAGGCGCUCGCGGGGGUGCUCGUCUUCGCCUUCCUCGUGUCGCGCCCGUGGGUGCGCUGGGCCCUGGAUGCUCGGGCUUGGUGGUCCAACUUCACUUCGAAGCCCGAGGCUGAGGUGGAGGAGGCGGGGGACAUCAAGAGCCCGAGCGAAAUGGUCCGACAGCACGCGAAACACGGGAAGGCUGGCAGUGACAGUGUCACUGAGGCCACAUUUGCGUGA